CAAACGCAGCGUCACUUCACGUCGACACACGUCAGUUUGCCAGGAUCUCGGGAGGGACCAACCUAUGACCGCAAAACUGUCCAUGGGAUGCAGAUAAGUGUUUGCAGAGGACAUGCAAAAGUCUUGAUGAAUCAAGACAGAGUUUAUAGACGGCAAAUUCACCCACCAGUUGUGUUCUGGAGUCAAUACUUUUGGGAGACAUUCCAUGGAUCCAAUCAAACAAAGGAGGGAAAAGUGAAAGUGACCGUAUACGCGAGAAGAGACUCAAGACAAGUUCGCAUCUCAAAGACCAUCAAAUGAUCCAGCCUGAAGAAAAGCCGCAUUUGUGUGUUCACUGUGGAAAGACCUUUAAGCUAUCAUCUCAGCUCACAGCGCAUGAGAAGACACACAGCACUGAGAGGCCCUAUCAGUGCAGUACUUGUGAUAAGAGCUUCAGGACUAGAGCCCUCCUCAGUAGCCACCAGAUGAUCCACACGGGUGAAAAGCCCUUUCAGUGUUGUCAGUGUGGAAAGGCCUUUUGCCAAAUAUCUGGACUCACGCAACACCAGAGGAUCCAUACUGAGGAAAGUCCGCACCAAUGUUCCCAGUGUGGAAAGGCCUUUAAAAGUUUCUCUAAUCUCAAGGAACAUGAGAAGACACACGGCAGUGAAAGGACUCAUCAGUGCAGUACUUGUGGGAAGAGUUUUAAGACUAGAUCUGUACUCUAUUCUCACCAGAGGAUACACACAGGGGAAAAGCCUUUUGAAUGUUGUCAAUGUGGAAAGGUCUUUAGGAGACUAAAUAAUCUGAAGACACACCAAACUAGUCACACUGAAGAGAAGCCACAUCAGUGUGCUCAGUGUGGAAUGAGAUUUAAGAUGUUGUCCCAUGUAAGAGCUCACCAGAAAACACACAGUAACAUAAAGCCCCAUCAUUGCAGAACAUGUGGGAAGGGUUUCAGGACCCAAGGGAAUCUCACGGACCAUCAGAAGACCCAUACUGGAAAGAAGACUGGAAAGAAACGUAGAAAAAUCUCACAUCUCACAGACGAUCAGAUGGAGGAGUCAGGUGGAGAAAUGAAAGAAUUAGCUGGAGAAACAGAGGAAUUAACUGGAGGAAUGGAGGAAUCAUGUGGAGGAAUUCAGGAAUCAUGUGGAGAAACGGAUGAAGAGUCACAUGUGUGUUCUCAGUGUGGCAAGACCUUUAAGCUCUUGGCUCAUCUCAAGACCCAUGAAAAAGCACAUACCAGUGAAAGUCCUUAUUACUGCAGGAGCUGUGGAAAGAGUUUCAGGACUAGAACCCACCUCACUGACCACCAGAUGAUCCACACAGGGGAAGAGCCAGGGAAGAGUCUCAGGAAAAGCUUGCAUCUCAGAGAAGAUCAGAUGAUACAAAAGCCGCAUUUGUGUGUUCACUGUGGAAAGACCUUUAAGCUAUCAUCUCAGCUCACAGCGCAUGAGAAGACACACAGCACUGAGAGGCCCUAUCAGUGCAGUACUUGUGAUAAGAGCUUCAGGACUAGAGCCCUCCUCAGUAGCCACCAGAUGAUCCACACGGGUGAAAAGCCCUUUCAGUGUUGUCAGUGUGGAAAGGCCUUUUGCCAAAUAUCUGGACUCACGCAACACCAGAGGAUCCAUACUGAGGAAAGUCCGCACCAAUGUUCCCAGUGUGGAAAGGCCUUUAAAAGUUUCUCUAAUCUCAAGGAACAUGAGAAGACACACGGCAGUGAAAGGACUCAUCAGUGCAGUACUUGUGGGAAGAGUUUUAAGACUAGAUCUGUACUCUAUUCUCACCAGAGGAUACACACAGGGGAAAAGCCUUUUGAAUGUUGUCAAUGUGGAAAGGUCUUUAGGAGACUAAAUAAUCUGAAGACACACCAAACUAGUCACACUGAAGAGAAGCCACAUCAGUGUGCUCAGUGUGGAAUGAGAUUUAAGAUGUUGUCCCAUGUAAGAGCUCACCAGAAAACACACAGUAACAUAAAGCCCCAUCAUUGCAGAACAUGUGGGAAGGGUUUCAGGACCCAAGGGAAUCUCACGGACCAUCAGAAGACCCAUACUGAAAAGAAGACUGGAAAGAAACGUAGAAAAAUCUCACAUCUCACAGACGAUCAGAUGGAGGAGUCAGGUGGAGAAAUGAAAGAAUUAGCUGGAGAAACAGAGGAAUUAACUGGAGGAAUGGAGGAAUCAUGUGGAGGAAUUCAGGAAUCAUGUGGAGAAACGGAUGAAGAGUCACAUGUGUGUUCUCAGUGUGGCAAGACCUUUAAGCUCUUGGCUCAUCUCAAGACCCAUGAAAAAGCACAUACCAGUGAAAGUCCUUAUUACUGCAGGAGCUGUGGAAAGAGUUUCAGGACUAGAACCCACCUCACUGACCACCAGAUGAUCCACACAGGGGAAGAGCCAGGGAAGAGUCUCAGGAAAAGCUUGCAUCUCAGAGAAGAUCAGAUGAUACAAAAGCCGCAUUUGUGUGUUCACUGUGGAAAGACCUUUAAGCUAUCAUCUCAGCUCACAGCGCAUGAGAAGACACACAGCACUGAGAGGCCCUAUCAGUGCAGUACUUGUGAUAAGAGCUUCAGGACUAGAGCCCUCCUCAGUAGCCACCAGAUGAUCCACACAGGUGAAAAGCCCUUUCAGUGUUGUCAAUGUGGAAAGGCCUUUUGCCAAAUAUCUGGACUCACGCAACACCAGAGGAUCCAUACUGAGGAAAGUCCGCACCAAUGUUCCCAGUGUGGAAAGGCCUUUAAAAGUUUCUCUAAUCUCAAGGAACAUGAGAAGACACACGGCAGUGAAAGGACUCAUCAGUGCAGUACUUGUGGGAAGAGUUUUAAGACUAGAUCUGUACUCUAUUCUCACCAGAGGAUACACACAGGGGAAAAGCCUUUUGAAUGUUGUCAAUGUGGAAAGGUCUUUAGGAGACUAAAUAAUCUGAAGACACACCAAACUAGUCACACUGAAGAGAAGCCACAUCAGUGUGCUCAGUGUGGAAUGAGAUUUAAGAUGUUGUCCCAUGUAAGAGCUCACCAGAAAACACACAGUAACAUAAAGCCCCAUCAUUGCAGAACAUGUGGGAAGGGUUUCAGGACCAAAGGGAAUCUCACGGACCAUCAGAAGACCCACACCGGAGGGAAGCGGCAUCGUUGUUCUGAAUGUGGAAAGACCUUUAUUACAGUGUCUAGUUUCAAGGUGCAUCAAAUACGUCAUUGUGGGGGGAAAGCUCACAAAUGUUUAGAUUGUGGCAAGGCUUUCAAAGGGAAAUCAUAUCUCCUCAGGCACCAGAGGAGCCACUCUGAAACAUACAGGUGUACUCUGAAACAUACACAUGGUUGGUUGACGUUUUAGGUCAAACUUUUUUUUUUUUUUUUUUUGUUUUUUUUUUUGUUUAAAGAGGUUUUGGUUAAAAGUCUCAACACAAAAUGUCGUGGAUGUAUGUAUUUUUUUGUGUGUAUGGAAAACACAGUGUAUGUGUCCGCAACACUGUUUUGUGUGGAACAACAUUGAAUCAUGUUAGUUAUAGCUCCGAAAUUUGAGAAUUAAAGUGUUACCAUAUUAUGUUUUAUGCUCAUGUUGUUUACAUUAGAUUAGUAUUGACAAGAAAAUUGUUGUUGGAAGAAUGUGUUCGUCUUGGUAAAUAGUCCAGUGGACAGAAAGGUGAACCCGGAAAUGUUGAGUACACCAAAGUUUUAUGAUGGAAAUAUAUAGUAUGGGUUCCCAGCAUGCAGAAAC